CUGGUGGAUGAGAGAGAGAGGGAGGGGGGAGGUGUAGCUCCUCGGCUCAGAGAGGAGACAGAGGAGACAGAGGAGCUCUCUCUCUCCUGUCAGUCGGACUCUGGCAGCGCUGAGACACAGCGGAACUACACUUUCCUGCUUUUCCAGCGCGCAGCAUCUGAUCCCAGACCAGGUGACCGCGGACCCGGGCAGGAGGAGGGGGGCGGGAUGAGGAUCCUGUCGCACGCGGCUCGGCUCCCAGCAGCAGAGCGCAGUUAUCUCGUGCACUCAGCAGCGCGUGCUGCGCCGUUUUAGCGCCUUCUCUCUGCUCCUUGUUUCCAGGCUCGAGGGAACUCUCAGAGCCGCCCGGUGUGUCUCCGCAGGUGUGACCGUGUUUCUUUCCUUUUUUAAAAGUAUGACAUCAGUACCGACCGUGGGCUGGGUCCUCCACAUCUCCACAGACGGAAUACCGGGACAGCUGACCGGAGUUACCGGAGUGCUCCUUCUCCCUCCUCGCUGCUCUCUGUGAACAUCCGCUGAUGCUGUGCUGCUUUCUUCCUCUCUCUCCCUCUGAAAUCCUGGGAUGGGUUUUCAUGCAACAAGCGACCGCGGCUGCGUGCGGCAGCGGCAGCGGCAGCAGCUCUGCGCACACUUAACGCAGGACAGCGCUCUGAAUCAGUGGCUGAGGCUGGUGUGUGUGUUUGUGUGCGCAUAAAGGCUCUACCUGCGGAUUUAGCGGGCUCAGGCACCCUGACACCCGCCUCUGUCUCCGGGUAGACGGUGUUUCUCUCAGCUGGGUCGAGGACAGGAAUGAACUCGGCUGUUGGAUUUGUUGAACUGUCCUAAAAAGUCCCUGCACCUGCACUGGUUCGACGUUUUUCAGUCAGUCUGUGGCGGAGCCGCUUUGGUUCCGGUGGGGAGGAGAACAGCUCUCACCAUGGUCAGACACGCUCAUCAUCUCCCCCAACUCAAACCCUGUUUCACGUUCCGGGUGUUGUGGAUGGUUCAAGCCUUCAUGGACCUGGCCGGCUCCCAGGAGAUUUACGCGCCGCACUCGAUCCGGGUGGAAGGCGACGUGACGCUGGGGGGGCUCUUCCCGGUCCACGCCAGGGGGGUCCCGGGGAUGCCGUGCGGGGACAUCAAGAAGGAAAACGGCAUCCACCGGCUGGAGGCGAUGAUGUACGCCCUGGAUCAGAUCAACGGCGACGACGAGCUGCUGCCCAACGUCACCCUGGGCGCCCGGAUCCUGGACACCUGCUCCCGGGACACGUACGCGCUGGAGCAGUCGCUGACUUUCGUCCAGGCGCUCAUCCAGAAGGACACGUCGGACGUGAGGUGCACCAACGGGGAGCCGCCGGUGUUCGUCAAACCCGAGAAAGUUGUCGGGGUGAUCGGAGCGUCCGCCAGCUCCGUGUCCAUCAUGGUGGCCAACAUCCUGCGCCUGUUCCAGAUCCCUCAGAUCAGCUAUGCAUCCACCGCCCCCGAGCUGAGCGACGACCGGCGGUACGACUUCUUCUCCCGGGUCGUCCCUCCAGACAGUUUCCAGGCUCAGGCCAUGGUGGACAUCGUCAAAGCCAUGGGCUGGAACUACGUGUCCACCGUGGCCUCAGAGGGCAGCUACGGGGAGAAGGGGGUGGACGCCUUCAUGCAGCUCUCCAGAGAAGCAGGUGGGAUCUGUAUAGCUCAGUCACUGAAGAUCCCUCACGACCACAAACCGGCUGACUUUGAUAAAAUCAUCCGUCUGCUGCUGGACACUCGCUACGCCAGAGCUGUCAUCCUGUUUGCUUCUGAUGAGGACAUCAGGGGGAUCCUGAACGCCAGUAAGCGAGCUGACCAGGUCGGUCACUUCCUGUGGAUUGGCUCCGACAGCUGGGGAGCCAAGAACAGCCCCAUCCACCAGCUGGAGGACGCUGCUGUAGGAGCCGUCACCAUACUGCCCAAGAGAGCCACCAUCAGCGGGUUCGAUGCGUACUUCACUUCACGGACUCUGGAGAACAACAGGAGGAACGUGUGGUUCGCUGAGUACUGGGAGGAGAACUUCAACUGCAAACUGAUGAGCUCCUCCAAGAAGGACGAGAGCAGCCGGAAGUGCACAGGUCAGGAGCGAAUCGGCAUCGACUCCAAGUACGAGCAGGAAGGAAAGGUCCAGUUUGUGAUCGAUGCGGUUUACGCCAUGGCCCACGCCCUCCACAACAUGCAGAGAGACCUGUGUCCCGAGAACUCCGGCAUCUGCCCGGAGAUGGAUCUGGCUGGAGGGAAGAAACUACUCAAGUACAUCCGCAGCGUCAGCUUCAAUGGAAGUGCUGGUACUUCAGUGACGUUCAACCGUAACGGCGACGCUCCCGGACGCUACGACCUGUUUCAGUACCAGUGGAGUAACGUCAGCGGGCCGGGGUACCGCGUGAUCGGACAGUGGACAGAGACCCUGCAGCUCAGCAUCGAGGACAUGCAGUGGCCUCGGGGGGAGCAGGAGAUUCCCAGCUCUGUCUGCAGCCUUCCCUGUAAAACUGGCGAGAGGAAGAAGGUGGUGAAAGGAAUGCCCUGCUGCUGGCACUGCGAGCCCUGUGACGGCUACCAGUACCAGUCCAACGAGUUCACCUGCAAACUCUGCUCCUACAACAUGAGGCCCAAUGCCAACCGCACGGCCUGCCAGCCCAUACCCAUCAUAAAACUGGAAUGGCACUCACCCUGGGCGGUGAUUCCGGUUUUCCUGGCAAUGCUCGGCAUCAUCGCUACAAUAUUCGUCAUGGCUACGUUCAUACGGUACAACGACACGCCGAUCGUCCGAGCAUCGGGCAGGGAACUGAGUUAUGUUCUCCUGACUGGGAUAUUUCUGUGUUAUAUCAUCACGUUCCUCAUGAUCGCCAAGCCAGAUGUGGGCGUGUGCUCGUUCAGAAGGAUUUUCCUGGGUCUGGGAAUGUGCAUCAGCUACGCCGCCCUCCUCACCAAGACCAACCGCAUCUACCGAAUCUUCGAGCAGGGGAAGAAGUCUGUGACAGCGCCCAGGCUGAUCAGCCCCACCUCACAGCUGGCUAUCACCUCCAGUCUCAUCUCGGUCCAGCUGUUGGGGGUGUUAAUCUGGUUCGGGGUGGAUCCGCCCAACACCAUCAUAGACUAUGACGAGCAGAAGACCAUCAACCCGGAUCUGGCACGAGGGGUGUUGAAAUGUGACAUCACUGAUCUUCAGAUUAUCUGCUCGUUGGGUUACAGUAUCUUACUGAUGGUGACGUGUACUGUUUACGCCAUAAAGACCCGCGGGGUCCCAGAGAAUUUUAACGAAGCCAAGCCCAUCGGGUUCACCAUGUACACCACCUGCAUCGUGUGGCUGGCUUUUAUACCCAUCUUCUUCGGCACGGCGCAGUCUGCAGAAAAGCUGUACAUCCAGACGACCACACUGACCAUCUCCAUGAACCUGAGUGCGUCCGUGGCCCUCGGGAUGCUCUACAUGCCCAAAGUCUACGUCAUCAUCUUCCACCCGGAGCUCAACGUGCAGAAGAGGAAACGCUCCUUUAAAGCCGUCGUCACAGCCGCCACCAUGUCGUCCCGACUCUCCCACAAAGCCAGCGACCGGCCCAACGGAGAGGCCAAGACGGAGCUGUGUGAGAACCUGGACCCCAACAGCUAAUUUCAUAAUUUAUCAGAGGUCCAGCAGCAAAGAAGAAAUACGUGAGCUACAACGACCUUGUGAUCUAAUGGCAUUCCUCCAUCAGAACGACAGACUGGAAAGGAAGGAGAGAGAGAGAGAUGACAGCAGGAGAUGUCUGGUCUCCUGUCCUGUUUAAAACAAGAAACAAAGGAAAGAAAGGAUGUUUUUAAGUUCUGGUUUUGGGUUUUUCUUUUUUCUUUUUUUGGUCUCAUGUGCUUCAGUGCCCACCACAGAUUUUCAGACGCUGAAGCAAAGCCUUGUGGGACAGACUUUCCCUCGGUCUGAGAGAAAGAAGCGAGAACGAGAUGAGGGUGAAGAGGUGUUUGAAAAAGACAGUGUGGUGACGGGAAGUUAAAAAAUAAAACCCUGAGUCUUUUUGUUUGUGAUAACCGUAGAGGGAACAGACGCAGGACGCAGCGCCGGACGUCUCUCAGCCUCCGGCUUGUCGUGAACCAGCACGUUGCUCAGGGGGCUCCAUGUUGCGUCUCUGCUGCUGAUGUCAAACGAAGCAGCCGUCCUUUCUACAGAGCCCGCCUCCUCUCGUCUCUUACUGUUCCUCCAAACUGUCGACCUGUGUGUAGUUCUUUAUGGCUUAUCUGUUGGCCUACUUUAGUUGUUGAUUUCAGUUUGGUUUUUAUUUCGAAGGCGACGAUGAUUAUGACGUCGAUGAUGAAUCUAUUUUGCUCUUGCUUCUUGGAUGCACAUUGUUUUUUAUUAAAGCCAUAUUCUUCGCUUUGAGAUUCGAGGGCUUUGCUCACGCUGCCAGUGGAAUCUGACUUUUGUCAAAUCUCUGGGUGAUGAUCCAUGAACGCAGCAUCCCUGCUGACAAAUUGGACGACACAGUUAUUUAGUACAAAGGUUUGUAAAGUCCUGACACUGUGGACAAACUGAGACGACUUUGUGACGCAAAUUUUAAGAUUACGAAAGUGGACAUAAGACAUGAGGUCGCCUGGACUGGGAAUAAGAUCUGAAGUCACCAGUUUUCUCUGAGACUUCUCGUGGUCAUCCACAGAGAACGAACCAAACAUCACACGUCUGCACUCUGUUCAUUCGAGUCCAGAAAUCUUUACUUCAGUCGCCCGACAUGGUAAAAAGUCAGAUUCCUCUGCUGGCCGUGAACGUAAAGCUUCAGAUAAAAAACAGAAGAAAAAAACCAGUCGUGUUUUAAAAGGCCUUUUUGUUUGAACUGUUUGAAAUGUUUGUGGUCCCAUGAUGAAAGCAUUCCCAUCCCAACAUGUGUGUUCCUCCUCCACACACAUACAUGACGACUUCUGCAGUGUUUUGUAGGUGUACGAUGAUGAUGAUGACGAUGAUGAUGACCCUUAACCGUGUUGUAGCCGACAUAAAGAGAACCUCCUUCGGUCCGGCCGUCACUGGACUGCUGAUACGACAAAAGGUGUUGAUGUUGAGGUUGUCAAUGCAUGCCUGAUAUGUUUCGAUGUUGAAACAGAAUCAGAAAAAAAAAGUUUAAAAUAAUGAAAUCUUCACAGCACAGUUGAUUCCACCUGUCUGCUCUGAAUUGUACUGUUUUUUCUUCACGUUCUGUUUCUUUACCGUUAACUUCCUCUGAUACUUUCUCACACAGCAGAAUAUGGCUUUGAUUGGUUUCUUAUUUUCCUGGAAACUAUGGGAAACGGAGAAGAAGAUGAAUAUAUAUUUAAAAAAAAGAAAAUCCUUGUUAAAAAAAGGAAGCAUGUAUGUUUUCUACUGUUUGUACUAGGUAUAUUCAUGUUGCCCUUGCUGCUUAUGUGCCAAUGUUGUGGGAGAGAUUUACAUUUGGCCACUCAUGCAACUAUUCUGUGGUGUUGUCCAAGAAUGUAUCAACAUGAAAUAAAAAAAAAACAUUUGGUUA